AUGUUCGUUCCAAAAGCCGCUGCGCGCCCUCGGCGACGCCAACGAACCAGCUCUGGUGACGACGCUGCCAAACCACCCAAAGCCAAGCGACAGCGCUCAGUUCUUAGGCAAAGAGGAGAUAGCACGGCUAUUGGUUUAGAUCAUGAGAGAAAAUUAGGAGAGCAAGUCAUCCAGCUCGAUGACGACGUGGCUAUGGAUAACACCUCCGAAAUGCAAAUCCCAAUCCGCGGCUCGAAACCGAGUGAAGCGCGCAGAAAUGAUUCAGAGGGCACGAUUGUGCUGUCUAGCACUGAUUACUACACUGUUGAUCAACUCCCGGCUCUACCAGAUCAAAUCCGAAGCUCCCCUUCAGACCCAUUGAAGUGCUUUUUCGCAAAGGGCCAUAACCACGCAUUAGCCUUGACACACUCCCACGCAAUCGUAUGGCCAUAUUCCGUUGCUUCCUCAUCUCCAUCCCCUUCAGAAACGUUCACAGUGCCAAUCCCUGAACAAUGCAGAGAUCCAACUGGUGCUGUGCCGCUUGGCACUCUGCUCUCUACUGCUACUGGAGAGCAUCCUGGUUUGCUGGUUAUAAUUCCAUCCACUGGUAAAAUUAUCUACUGGGAAACCGUGUCAAGUGCCGCAUCACUGGGACUGUCUCGGCAAAAACAAUAUGGGAUUCAAGGAUCUACCCCGGGACUCCUAUCCGGCGAAUAUGCCACAGAAGUCCUUAACUGUGAGCCCUCUGGAAUAAUCGCUACUUUUUCUUCUGGACGUGUUGCGCACAUCACUUUCAGAGACACCCAAGGAAAACCCACAGUGCUCGUGCAAUUUCUGAAGAGUAAUGCUGGUGGUGGAGGUGGUGGAAUUUUUGGUGGAAUCAAGAGUGCGCUAAUCGGCGGUUCCUGGAGGAAAGAAGUCACUGCAGUACAAGCAGGCGGCUCCAGACAGCGAGGCCAACGCGAUGUGAUCAUUGCCACAUCUACGGGUCUGAUAGAAAUAUGGGACACCCAUUGGAACCACGGGAAUGCACUAAAGAAGAAAUACGAUGUGAAGGACAAGGUUUUGGCUGCAUUUCCCCAAUAUCUUGAGAAAGGAACGGGCGAACCAGAGCUCAAGGUCAUGGACUUUGCAAUUUCCGCCGAGCAGCAUGAUGAACCUGGCUCGGACGAAUCCUGGAAACUGUUUCUGGUUGCUAGUUCCAAUCCUUGGAUGAAUCAAAAGCAGGUGUUUGUUGUCCAAGUGGAAUUUUCGGGCAACCAAUCGCGGGUGCUAUCUACUCACGCUGUGGAUCUAUCCAGUAUUCCUACCACAAGAGAGGAAGCAAAACCUAAGAUAUUGGUCUCGAAAGCGGAAGACACUGCCUUCAUCCGGAUCAACCAAUCAAUCGCUAUCUUGUCAUUAACGAGCACCGUCAAGGACUCACCAACCUCUCAGCUGCUUCUGGACUCUCACCAGUUGCCCUUGCCGUUCCAAGAUAUUAUCCAUCUCCAGUCCGGUAAAGACUUUGAGAUAUUGGGGUAUGGUGCGGAGGAGCUACCUGACAGCGAGAACCGCGCAUCAUGCGUGAUGAUGAUUCGAAACUUUGGUGUCAUUCGUGUUAACGUCAUUCCUCGCUAUCCUACAGAAGAUGCCUUGGAUGAAGGUCAGCUUACCGCCAAACACAAGCUUGAGCAGGCUAUAUUCUUCGGUACCAUGGCAAAGAACCCCUUGAAUCUCGCUGGAGACGGCGGCCUUGACUUUCCUGCUCCAGACAUUGAACAAGCCUCGCUCGAUAUCUGUACAGAGCUUCUUCAGUCAGAGUCUCGGUUUAUUCCAAAUACUGCGAUCUCUAUUGAUCAACACUUGCGGUUGAGAGCAAAGGCUCUGGGCGAUCUCGCGUCAUUGUUGUCACAAAAAGGCAAUCCUUUGAGCCGAGCUGCAAGGUGGCAACUUCUAUGGGGUGCUGAAAAGCUCGGUGCCCAAAGAGCCAUGUGGAAAUUGGAAGAGACUCUUCGGGCUAAAAAUGAGAGCGCUUUCCUCGGGCAAGUCAUCGAGACGAUGAACGACAAGUUCAAAACCCCGCUGAACCCAUCCAACAACGAAACUGAUCCAGUGCGUCAAUGGUUCUUGAAAGAUACCUAUCGUAUGGAGCAUAUUGUUUCAUGGAUUAAAAACGCGAUCAAACCCCGUCGGGGCAAUUCUUCUAAACAGGCAAAACGGCUAUCGGAAAAUAUUCUGGAGGCCAGUGAGCUUCUUUUGUCAAUAAUGGAGACGGCUUUCAGGUAUCGUGAACAACAUGCUUCGGUUUAUGGUCUUGGAGAUGACUUUAUCGAGGAUGGAGUUCUCGCCGACCACUAUCAAGAUCUUCCUGAGUUCUGGACCUCUAAAGCGGUGGGUUAUACUGAAACAGGUAAUCUACUUGAUUGGGAACUGGACAGCUGUCGGGCUUGGAUUCAACAAAAGUCAACAAGUAAAGAUGCACCUGAUAGCCAAACCUUGAAUCAGAUUGCAGACAACAGCGCACGGCAUCUCAGAGUUCUUGGUCAAAUGCACCAGGAGCGUGUUCGCUGGCUUUCCUCUCAGGAUGACCCCAAACUUGCAGAUGCAGCUGUUUCACUUGAACAGACCCAUCUCAAAGAGCGCAAGUGGCAGCUAUUCAAGCUAGCUGGAAUCGGGCAUCUCAGGGAUGCACUGAUUCUGGCAGAGCGCUUCCGAGAUAUGGAGGGCUUGGUUGAGCUCAUCAUCGAACUCCAAGAUCAGGUAAAAAAUCAGCAAUCUCCGGAAACCAUACUGGAUCCUACCCUUGCUGGAGAAAGCGAGGCCGAUGUCAAUCUUCGGAUUUCUCAGUAUUUUGAUAAAUUUGGUGAACAGUGGGCAGAUGCCUACUUCUCUCGCCAGAUCUCCAUGGGACACCCAGGUGCACUUCUUUCUAUGCGAAAGUACCAACCUGCGGUGACAAAGUUCUUACGUAAGAACCCUAGCUAUGCCAAACUCAGUUGGAUAAACGACGUGACUGGAGAAGAAGAUUAUGAAAGUGCGGCAGUGUGUUUGCAAAACCUGGCGCUCAACGAGGAGAAACAACUGUGGUGCCACCGCGUGGAGGUUUCGUUGGCCAAGCUCGGCAAAUUGGCUUCAGCUGAGAAGGGUGGUCCUUUGGUACAGGAGGAUAUUAAACGCCUCGACGAUUACUCUGAAGUCGAUAAGAUCCAAACGAGUGUUUACCAGGCCGUUAAGCAGGGUGUAGAAGGUGCCAUCGACCUCAAGGCCGAAGCAGAAUUGGCGUUGGAAUCUUUGGGACCACAUCUUGUUCAAGAUCGCCCUUCUCUCCAUCAGAUUCUCGGUGACGCCCUUUCCAGCUUGGUCAACAAGAAGGUCGUCGGGCCAGAUAGUUUGAUUGAUAUUUUGACUCUUAUUGGCCCCACUGAAAAAUCCGAGGAAGGAGUUGAAUUUCAUGAAGCUCUUCAAGUGCUACUUCACGGCGGAUAUUCCCAGGAUCCGCUUUACGUCUCGGCCUUGCGGAAGUUGAUCUGGAGACGCUGUAUGAUCAAGGACGACUGGGAAGAAAUCGGAAAAGAAGCAGAAUUGAACGACAAUUCAGAGGAUGCGACUCAUCACACUGCCCUCUACCAAACAUUGCUUUUCUGCAUCAAACGUGAGCCAAUCGAACAUCUUUCAUCAUCCAUCAACCUAACAUUUUUUGCAGAACGAAAAGGCCCCAGCUUUCAGCCACUAUACACACCUCUUUGUCCAGGCGACGCAUUAAUGGCCGAUUCUGAAGCUGAAAUUCUUAUCUCACGCUUCCACCCCGAGCAAAAAUCUCGAGUGGCUUCUGAUCUGAAGCAAGAGAACCGGAUUUUGCUCCAUUACGUCGAUGCCGGAAAACUUGAUUUCUGGUUCCAACAUCUCUUGACUUCUAUUGAGGAUGCAGCUACCGUAGAAGCUUAA